AUGCUCGGCCUCACCUGCCUGCUGCUCGCCGCGCUCUGCGGCCACCUGGGCGCUGAGAUGGCGCGGGGGCCCGGCCCCGGCAGGUCUGACUGGUUUCUCUAUGACUGCCGCCUUCUCAGACACGUGGCCCUUGGGCUCUUCUGCUGUGGGGUCUCCGUCUACUUAGCAGCUCUGCUGCGGGCUGCCCGGGCCACCCGCCGUGGCCUCCAUGAGGUGUCCCUGCCAUCCUUUGAAGACGACCCCACCCGCCCCACUGAAGUCUCCAACAUCAGCCCCAGAGCUCAGCCCCAGCAGGAUGAGGAAACCAAGGCCCCAAGAGAGGCAGUGACCUGCCAAGGGUCCCACAAUGAGUACUGA